AUGUACCCUGAUGUAAGUAGUUUUUAGAUAUAUUUAAACUUUUCUAAUAAGUUAGUAUCAAAAACUCCACUUUUAGUUUUGGCAGCGAAUGUUACAGUACACGGAUCAAAUGGAAGAUAUUUGUAGUUUUGUACAGGUCAGUCGGUACUUCUACAGACUAACGAACAUGGACUUCCAGAAGUUGUGCUACAGAAACAUGAUUUGUCGAUUCAAAGGCGAAACUUGGGCGACAGCUUUUUCGAAGUAAGUAUGUAAAAGUUAUCAACAUGGUUAAGAUAAAUGGAACAUUUUCUUAUUUAAAAGACCAUCUGAGUAUCAAUUAUCUAUUAAUUUACUGAUCACACCCGAUUUCAGUUCACCGUAUCGUACAAUAAAUGAGCGAAUAAGAUGCAAAAAGAAAAUUUCUAAAAAUUCGAUUUCGUGUCCUCAUACUGGUACUAUGGCGCUGGUUUUACAACGCAAACAAGUUUUAUUGACUCACAUAGACUUUGGAAAGAAAGUUUUUGAACUUUUAGACUUCAGCAAAUACAAAGGAUCGCUAACUAGUGUCCAGCUUAUUAACAGAUCUACGCAACUUCUAUUAGACAUGAAGACGUCGUAUAUUGUGUAUGACUUGAUAAACAAGAGCAUAGUAAAAGUCUACUCGGCGCUGCCUGAAGAACGUUACUAUUGUUUUACAUUGUACUACAGCGAUGGCACACUCGUAGAUUUGUUGAAUCAGAAAGAGUACAAAGUUAAUGCCAUAAAUAUGCCACAAGGUGUGAAGAUAGGUAACGCAGAUCUGUUUGACUACAGAAAGUACUUGGGCUUUUUGAACCCACAACACGAGUACGUGUUAAUACACAACGAAACUGGCAACAUGGAGAUUAUAUUUUCACAUUACCUACCCUGGGAAUACGAAGAUAUUUGGCUCUUAGAUGCUAUGGAUCAUGUUCAAAUAAUAAGUAAGUUACUAGUUUUAUUGUAAUCAGAUUUCUAAAAACUCUGACUGUUUUUAUUUUUAGACAUUUGUGAUUCUCGAGUUUAUGGUAUCAACACAAGGAAAUGUAUUUUCAUAGAAACAAACGGGUUGCCUUCAAACAUUGGCUUUUACGGGCUACAAUUUCACAAUUUCCAUGGUCAAGUAACUAAGGUAAGCAAAAAUAGCAAUUUUGAACUGUUCCAAAAUGGUUUCGUUGUCUGAAAAUUAUAUUUAAAGAAUUUUUAGUUUGCUGGUUAUAAUAAGAAAACAAGAGAAUACGCCAUUAUCAGCCCAGAAAUUAAUUAUUCAUUAUCAAUCGCUGCAUAUUGUCCCUCUAACAUAUAUCCUCUUCCGAUGAUGACAAUCUAUCGUAUGUAUUAUACUAAAUCAGUUCUGACGGCGCAUUUGGACUGGUCUACAGGUAAAGAGCUUUGUGUAUAUCACAAAAAGGUUGAUUUCAAUAAUCAUUUCAGUUAAAUCGCAAAGUAAUACCAAAUAAAAUUUAAAAUGUCAGUAAAGGCAACAUAUUUUUCAUUUCAGGCAAAAUGAUUAAAAAAUAUUUUAACACUGAUAACGACCUCGACAAAACUAAGAUGGCCCGCUUUUACCUCAGUUUCUGUGACAUCAAGAUACCCGAAAGAUGA